AUGGAAGUAGAUCCUGUAAAUUAUUUCUACCUCUAUUUUUCUUAUUUCUUCAAGGACGUUCAUUCUAUAUAUAUUGUAAAUAAUACUUUAGCCGAACCAAAAUGUGGAUGGCCAUCCUCAUCGAAUCAAACCACUGCUCCUUUCAGUGAAUAUAUAACAAUUACAAAAUGCACAAAAUAUCAAGAGUUUCCAGAAUGGGAUCCAUGUACUACUUUGUUCCAAGGUCAAAUGAAGAUGGGUGAUUAUUUUUCUGAUGAAAGUAAUAAUAACACUUUUCAAUAUAUGGGUGAUGGCUCAGUUUGCUAUAGUGUCUAUAAAAAUUUUGGAGGUUGUACUUAUAGGGACCCAAUUCGUGGAUGUGAAAAAGAUUGUUUUUCAGAUUAUACCUCAAUUUUCUUUUAUAAUAUUUAUGAUUACUAUAGUUGCAUCAAUAAAAUAGAUAGUACAUAUCAUAUUUAUAUUGGAAACCAAGAUGGAAGCUCACAAGGAAACCCAAGCUCAUCCAAUAGAAUAAUGUAUUCUAUGUUUUCAUUGCUAUUAGUAUUCAUAGUUGGUUUAUUAAUUUAA